GUGGUGAUGUACCUCAUGAAGUGGAAGAUGACAAACCCAAGAAAAGCCAAAAAGAUGAUGAAGAGCAGAUUGCCAAGUACAGAGAACUUUUGCAAAGUAUCCAAGAAAAAGAGAAAAAACAGGAAGAAAAGGAUAUAGGAAUGGAGAUUAAAUGGGUUCCAGGCCUCAAAGAAACUGCUGAAGAAAUGGUCAAAAACAAGUUGGAAGGAAAGGAUAACCUAACUCCAUGGCAAAAAUAUCUAGAGAAGAGGAAAGAAAAAAGAAUUCUUAAAAAAAAGAGAAAGGCUGCUGCUGAGAGAGAACAGAGUGAAGAUGAACUUCCAUCUGAUGUUGAUCUCAAUGACCCGUAUUUUGCUGAAGAACUAGAGAAAACAGAUGUAAAGAAGAAGCCAGGAUCGGUUGAAAGUACCUCAGAAGAUGAAGAUGAAGCUGAAAAACAGAAGGCUGAAAUGGCCCUACUUAUGAUGGAUGAUGAAGAUGAAGCUAGGAAACAUUUUAAUUAUAAAAAGAUAGUGGAACAACAGAAUUUGAGCAAGAAGAAAAAGAAACUUUUAAUGAAGAAGAAAGAAUUAGUAGAAGAUGACUUCCAGGUAAAUGUUGCUGAUACAAGAUUCCAAGCCAUGUUUACUUCUCCCCUGUUUAAUUUGGAUCCUUCAGAUCCAAAUUUCAAGAAGACAAAAGCAGUAGAAAAGAUCUUGGAAGAGAAAGCUCGCCGAAGAGAAGAAAAGGAGCAAGAUCUCAAGGAGGCAAGCAAGGGGCAGGAGAACAAGAUGGCAAAGAAAGGAGAGGUUGCCAAGAAGACCAUAGACCCUGCCUUAUCAAUGCUAAUAAAAUCUGUCAAAAAUAAAACCGAAGAGUUUCAGGCAAGGAAGAAGCAGAAAUUAAAGUAACUGAACUUU